AUGUACAAAUCCUGCUCCAAUUCUCCCAAAAAUCAUCAUAAGUCCCAUUCCUCCAAGAAACUUCGUCAUUCUAAUUCUUCCCAACAAAAGGAAUAUGUUAGUGGUUCUAGUAAUGAUUCUCAACAAGAAGAUUAUGAUAGUAGUUCUCGUAAAAAAAAGCAGAAUAAGUAUUCUUCCUCACAACAAAGCAGUAACAAGCAUUAUAGGUCUCUCUCCCUACAACAAAGUGAUAAAAGUGAUAACAAGCGUCAUAGAUCUUCCUCUCAAAAAAAAAGGGAUAAUAAGCAUCGUAGGUCUCCUUCCCUACAACAAAAUAACAAUCAUCGGAAUCUCUUUCCCCACAACAAAGAAAUAUCAGGCCUCCAAAGCAACAACAGAUUAAUAAAUCCCUCCUAUCCCAAACAGCAUCUCAAGCGUCAUCACAUGCAGUGUGACUUUGAACAGGAUGGUGCCCCGUCUAAAGAAUCUGUAGGAAUUAUUGUUGCAAAAGAAACAGCAGUUACCAGUGAAGAUGAAAAUGCAGAAGAUGAAACCACAAGUGAAACUUGA